ACUCAAAGCUUCGAAGUUAAAUAAUCUCGAAGAUAUACUAAGACCGCAGGGAGAAAAUACGAUCAUGCAAGACCUUUUUAUACAACUGAGCUCAGCGGUCGGGGGUCUGAUGAUAAUCAUGGCCCUCUUCCGAGACCAUUUCCCGCCUCAACUUCGUGACCUUCUCGAGAAAUACACCAGCAAACUCGUUAGAUUGUUGUAUCCCUACAUCGAGAUCACCUUCCCUGAGUACACGGGCGAGUGGUUCAAGAAGAGUGACGUCUACACCGCCAUCCAGAACUACCUAACCGAGAAGGCGACCAUGAGAGCUAAGAAGCUAAAGGCUGAUACCAUCAAAGGCAGCCAAUCCUUGAUCCUAACUAUGGCAGACAACGAGGAGGUCACGGACAAGUUCCAGGGCGCCAAGCUCUGGUGGUCCUCCAACAAGAUAGUUCCCCGGGGCAUGUCCCUGUCGUUCUAUCCUGCCACGGAAGAGAGGAGGUUCUACAGGCUCACCUUCCAUAAACGUCACCGGGACUUGAUCACGGAUACGUAUAUCAAGCAUGUUGUGAAUGAGGGGAAGGCAAUCGCAAUGAAGAAUCGGCAGAGGAAGCUCUUCACCAAUACCCCAAGCGGAAACUGGUCUGGUUACAAGUCAACCAAGUGGAACCACGUGGUUUUCGAGCACCCCGCGACCUUCGAUACCCUGGCAAUGGAGCCAAAGAAGAAGCAGGAGAUCAUGAGCGACCUAAAGAAGUUCAGCGAAGGGAAGGAAUACUACAAAAAGAUCGGGAAGGCCUGGAAACGAGGGUACCUCCUCUAUGGCCCGCCAGGGACAGGCAAGUCCACGAUGAUUGCUGCUAUGGCGAAUUUCAUGAGUUACGAUGUGUACGAUUUGGAGCUGACAACGGUCAAGGACAACUCGGAGUUGAGGAAGCUGCUGAUUGAUACUUCGGGCAAGUCCAUAAUUGUGAUCGAGGAUAUUGACUGCUCACUCGACCUCACAGGACAGAGGAAGAAGGCAAAGAAGAAGAAAGAGGAUGACAAGGAUGAGGAAGGUAAGGACCCUGCUAAAAAGAUGAAGGAGGAAGAGGAGACCAAAGAGAGCAAGGUCACUCUAUCUGGACUUUUGAACUUCAUCGAUGGGAUCUGGUCAGCCUGUGGGGGGGAGAGGAUCAUCAUCUUCACAACUAAUUUCUUCGAUAAGCUUGACCCAGCACUCAUCAGGAGAGGUAGGAUGGACAAGCACAUUGAGAUGUCCUACUGCUGCCUUGAAGCUUUCAAGGUGCUUGCGAACAACUAUUUGGAUGUGGAGUCUCAUCCUCUGUUCGGGACGAUAGAGGCGAUGCUGAAGGAGACAAACAUGACUCCAGCUGAUGUGGCGGAGAACUUGAUGCCCAAGUCGAGCACAGAAACUCCAGAGACUUGCUUGAGGAGCUUGAUCAAUGCUCUCGAGGAGGCGAAGGAGGAAGCAGCGAGAAAGAAGGCUGAGGAGGAAGAGGAAGCGAAGAAGAAGGCCGAGGAGGAGGAAGAAGCGAAGAAGAAGUCCUAAGAAGAAGAGAAAGCGAAGGAAUCGGAGGAUAAAGAUGCUGCAAAAUCGAUCGAGGAAGCCAAGGAAAAUGGGUUGGUAGCAAAUGGGAAAUUGGAAGAAGAGAAAGUAAAAGAGUGGUAUCCUUGACGGGAUUCGUUAGUAUUGGCAUUACGUUUUCAUGACAUUUCAUGGAAUUCAAACACUUCAGAAAUUUGUGGCAUAUCCGUACCGCGUGUAAAGUAUCUUACCAUGGCUUUCUCAGAAAUUGCAUCGUAUGAUUGAUUUUCAGUAUAUACAAAUUCUACAUGUUAGGGUGGUUGUCGGCGUCUAAAUCAACUUUUAAUAUGUGCGCAAUCUAUAUUGCGCACAGAAUACCAAAAUCA